AUGGAGGAGGAGGCUGCGAGGAAGAGGAAGAUGCCGCGGGCCCCCCAGGCAGGCCCCGAGCUGAGGACGGAGAGCCCGGAGGACAAAUCCCCCCGGCAGAGCCUGGUGGGAGAGGCCGUUUUGAAGGGCUCCACGGCACAGGAAGGCAGCGGGGAGGAAAAGGGCCGGAGAUCCCCCUGCAGGAGGGGCUCCAAAGCCAGCCCAGGGUGCUCUGAGGAGGAAAGACCCAGCCUGCACCGGGAAGGUGGCCAGAGCUUGAGGGGGAGCUCUGACCUGAUGGUCCCUGAGCAGCCUCCCAGCAGGGAGAAACCCUUCAGGUGCUUGGAAUGUGGGAAGAGCUUCAGGCAGAGCGCCCACCUCCUCACCCACCAGCACAUCCAUACUGGGGAACGGCCUUACACAUGUAGGGAAUGUGGGAAGAGCUUCAAGUACAGCUCCAACCUGAUCCAACAUCAGCAAAUCCACACUGGGGAACGGCCCUAUUCGUGUGGGGAAUGUGGGAAGAGCUUCAGCCUGCUCUCUGACCUGUCCAACCUGAUCCAACACCAGCGCAUCCAUAGUGGGGAACGGCCCUACACGUGUGGGGAAUGUGGGAAGAGCUUCAGCCAGAGCUCCAGCCUUCGCACCCACGAGCGCAUCCACACCGGGGAACGGCCGUACAAGUGCUUGGAAUGUGGGAAGAGGUUUCCAACCAGCUCACAUCUCCUCCUGCAUCAGCGGACGCACACUGAUGAGAGGCCCUUCCACUGCACCGACUGCGGGAAGGGCUUCAAGCGGAACUCCCACCUCAUCACCCACCGGCGCAUCCACACCGGGGAGAGGCCCUACAAGUGUGGGGAGUGUGGGAAGAGCUUCACCAAGAGCUCUAACUUGACCAAAUGCCAAAGGACCCACCGGUAA